AGGAAAUAGCAAAAUAUUUGCGGACUGGAUCCAAAUCAGGAGCCCAGAUGAACUUAAAGAAGCGAGCCUGGAAUUCUUAGUUUUUCAAGAUCCAUACACACGAAGCCUUUAAUCAGCACCAACUCCAGUGUCCAGGUUUUUUCUGGUUUUGUGAAGACUGAGCAAAACUCUCAUGAUGGAAAGAAAACCAAAGGACUUAGUUACCUGUUUCAGUGUCAUCUAAAGUCAACUGAAAAGUGAAGCAGGCAGUAAUAUAGCCAUGGAAAGAAAUUCAACUUUAUGGAAGAACCUAAUAGAUGAACACCCAGUCUGCACAACCUGGAAACAAGAGGCUGAAGGAGCCAUUUAUCAUCUUGCCAGUAUUUUGUUUGUAGUAGGUUUCAUGGGUGGCAGUGGAUUCUUCGGGCUCCUUUAUGUCUUCAGUUUGCUGGGGUUGGGUUUUCUCUGUUCUGCUGUCUGGGCUUGGGUAGAUGUCUGUGCAGCUGACAUAUUUUCCUGGAAUUUUGUACUGUUUGUCAUCUGCUUCAUGCAAUUUGUUCAUAUUGCAUAUCAAGUUCGCAGCAUAACCUUUGCCCGAGAAUUCCAAGUGCUGUACAGCUCCCUUUUCCAGCCCCUGGGGAUCUCUUUGCCUGUCUUCAGAACGAUUGCUUUGAGCUCUGAAGUGGUUACUUUGGAAAAGGAACACUGUUAUGCCAUGCAGGGGAAAACUUCCAUUGAUAAACUCUCCUUGCUUGUUUCAGGAAGGAUCAGAGUGACAGUUGAUGGCGAAUUUCUGCAUUACAUUUUCCCCCUUCAGUUCCUGGAUUCUCCUGAGUGGGAUUCACUGAGACCCACAGAGGAAGGCAUUUUUCAGGUAACCCUCACUGCAGAAACUGAUUGUCGAUAUGUGUCUUGGAGGAGAAAGAAAUUGUAUCUGCUCUUUGCUCAGCAUCGUUAUAUCUCCCGCUUGUUUUCAGUGCUAAUUGGCAGUGACAUUGCAGAUAAACUCUAUGCCUUGAAUGACAGGGUAUAUAUAGGAAAAAGAUAUCACUAUGAUAUUCGGCUACCCAACUUCUAUCAAAUGUCAAGUCCAGAAAUACGCAGAUCACCCCUGACACAACAUUUUCGGAAUUCCAGACGAUACUGUGAUAAAUGACAUCAAAGUCUGAAAUUUAUAAGUAUAAAAAAAGACUCUCUCUUCAUCAUUCCCCAAAUGAAAUAGGAAAAUACAAAAAAAAAGAGCUCCCUAAUAUUUUUAUAAAUCAAAUUCAGAAGUCAGAUACCAUUGCUAACUGUUUUAUUCCUUUCAACAACUGCAUUGUAAAUAAAUUUUACAAAUUUGUCUUGUA